AUGGAUGCCACAACUCAGGAAGGCGAAGGGACCGGAAAGGGACAAAUGCGCCCCACUCAUAACCCUGACGCUGUGGCAUGCGAUUUUUACCUCUCGCACAAGCGCCGGUUCUGUCGCACGGCCAAACGAGCCGGUGGGCGCUAUUGUCCCACUCACGAUGUGAACGGCACCACAACGGGGGAAACAACACCUGCUGUCGUUUUGAGCAGCUCGGGCUCAGCCGUUGGCCCGGGGAGAACUGCUGGUGAGGGCGUUUCUACGGGACCUUCACGCGCCCUCCAGCGGGUCCCGUGUCCCAUCAACCCAAACCACACUGUUUAUGCCGAUAAAUUGCAAAAGCACGUAAAGGUAUGUCCUGAUCUACGCUUUGUUGUUGACAAGCUCCCAUACUAUAGCAAGGACCUACAUGCGUGCAAAGGCGUGGCCUACUGUGUCACUUCCCAGGAAUCGGAAAAGGAACGCUUCACACAUCAUCAUAUGGACACGGUGGUUUUGGAGGACCUCAUCACACGCGUAAGGGAGUGCUACUUUAAUGUUAUCCAGCCACGGAUUGUCCUUCUUGCGGAGGAAUGUCAGGAGCCCUUUCAAGAUAACAGCAGCACAGGGUCAACGCGACGAAUUUCCAACAAACAUGGGCCGCAGCACAGGGCUUUGCUUCGUUGCGUGCAGACGGUCAUCCGCGGUUACGCCGAGGGGCGGGGGAAUCUUGGAAACACAUAUGUUAGAAUAGCCGGUUUCCUUGAAUUAGGUGCAGGCAAAGCUGGUCUCGCUGUUUCGUUGCAGGAUGCUUUGCUUUCAGGGUCUAUCCGGUAUUGUCAUAGUCAUCCCGGAUUUCAGGAGAGAAAGGAAGGGCGGACAGCCGUGAAUGAGGCCCUUAGUGCUGACAAUGGAGGCUUUCCGCGUAUUGUAGUUGUAGAUAUGGAUAACUUCCGGCGCAAAGCCGAUGCGUGUGUUCGAAACAGUCGCCUUCCGCUCGUUCGAUUGCGCAUCAAUAUAAAGGACCUUGAUUUGGCAAAAGCACUAUGUGGUGCGUCCACAUGUAAACGGUCCAGAGAGGAAACAAGCAGUACAUCCGAUCAAUGCACAAACGCCAUCAAGCAGUCAGUGUCGGUGGAAGAACAGUGGGUGGCCGUCGGCAAACACCUUUGUGGAGCAUGCACAGACUUUGCUCUCUCGUGCGUUACAGCACCUAAUCUUAACACGGAAGGGUUUGCCUCUGUGUGUGCCGUUGUCUUCGCUACAUGCUGUCACCAACGCUGUGAAUUGAAGCAUAUAAAUGCCUUGUUAUCCCCGAGCGAGUGUCGCAGGGGCCGAAUCGCGAUUCCUGGUACCAACCAUACGUUUAGUGAGAGAGAGUUCGCCGCAAUAACUUCCAUGUCUUCUUGGGCAGUGAGUGGAGAAGCUGUGGAUGCUGAGCGACGCCUCACAGGUAUGUGUUGUAAAAGAGUAAUUGACGCUUUCCGGCUUGAAUACUUAAAACAAAGUGGAUUCCGGCGGACCUAUCUUUGUCAGUACGCCGAGUCGAGUGUAACAGGAGAAAACAUUUGUAUUGUCGCCUUUCGGUAA